GUGGAGGUGGAUUUGGGGGUGGAGUCUGUCCUUCUGCCCAGCAGAGCUCUGUUUCACCAGCGUAAAGCAACUAAAGUGGAGUGGACAGAUGAUGAUGGCAGGAAGGUCCAUGUGUCUGAGAUCGGCUCUGAUCAACCUGCAGAACAGGAUUGGUCUUACAGAAACAGAACCCAGAUGGAGAAAAACUUUGAUCUGAUUCUGAAACACCCCACAUAUAAAGAUAAGGGUUUCUACACCUGCAGGGUCUAUAGCAAAGAUGGAAAAGUCUUAAUGAAGAGAGAAGUGGUGCUCAAAGUCAGAGUUCCACAGGUGGAGGUGGAUUAUGAGGAGUCUGUCCGGCUGCCCUGCAGAGCCUCAGUUCAGCUGCCCAAAGACGCCAGAGUGGAGUGGACAGAUGAUAAAAACACUGUUAUGCAUGUCUAUCAGAACGGUUCUGAUAGACCUGACCAACAGCACCCGUACUACAGGACCAGAACCAGGAUGGAGGAAGACCCUCUGGGAACCGGAGACCUCAGUCUGACUGUGGACCAGCCCAAAUACUCAGACAUCCUGACCUGUAGUGUCUACAGCAGAGAGGGGGACGUCCUGAUGAGGAAACAAGUGUUGCUCAGGGUCAGAGACCAACAGGUGGAGGUGGAGGAGGGGGCGGAGUCUGUGGUGCUGCCCUUCAAAACGCCCCCUGACCUGCCAGAAAACACCCUGAUUGUUUGGGAACGGGUUAAACCAGAGUUCAUGAGGGUCCACAAAUAUCAGAAGGGUUCAAACCAAACUGACCAACAGGACGAGUUCUACAGGAACAGAACCAGGAUGGAGGAAGACCCGCUGGGAACCGGAGACCUCAGUCUGACUCUGGACCAGCCCACAGUCAGAGACAGAGGAGAGUACAGAUGCUGGGUGGAGAGCAGCAGGGUUAGGAGGGAGAUAACAAUUCAGCUGAGAGUCACAGGCAGAGAUCUGGUCCAGGAUCACGCAGAGGACACCAAUCAAACUCCUCUAAUGGCUGAAGAA